GUGAUGUAGACAUGUAUAGAUUUAUAUGAGUAACUGUAUGAAUCCAUCAUGAUGCGCUUUUUGAUAAAGCCAUCACAAAUAGCCAUCUGUUACAUUCAAAUAGGCUACUGUAUAGGAUGCGACAGACCAGUCCAGUACCUGUUGCAUACAAGCAGGUGGUCAUCAGAGGCAGCUGUGCACACUGCAGGCAGCCCACUGAGGAUUUGGUGCACAAUUUCACAAAUUACUCUACUGUAAUGAAGGCUAUGCUGUAAAACAGCUGAGAGCGUUCAAGGGUUAUUUAUUUCCCUCUGCUCCUCUCUCUGGAGUGGGAAACGUGGGGACCGUUGAUGCGCUCAGUUUGGUGAUUCUCCAAUGUGGAUAAGUUGACAGUCACAGUCAGAUUCACUGUCAGUCUCCGCUGAUAUUGGAGGAGUUGAAACGUGGACACCUGCUCUUCUUGCCGAAUAGGCACCUCUGGCCCUUUCUACAGUGUGACGUGCUUGACCUACUAAGAUGGAGGGCAGUGGCAGUGGGUGGGCUGUAGAUCUGGCCUCUCCUGGGCCAUGUGUGGCUGGCAUGGAGGGGAAUGCCAGCGGUCAGGUUUUUGAGGUGGAGCUGCAGAACUCCUCCUCGUCCAAACGCAGCUCUCAGUUUGUGGGGGUGGAGCUGCCGCAGUCCUUCAAGCUGCUCAUCAUCCCCUGCUAUGCCCUGGUGGUGCUGAUCGGGGUAUUUGGCAACUACCUGUUGCUCUACGUCAUCUGCCGCACCCGCAAGAUGCACAAUGUCACCAACUUCUUCAUAGGGAACCUGGCCUUCUCCGACAUGCUGAUGUGUGCCACAUGUGUCCCCUUCACCUUGGCCUAUGCCUUCAACCCCCGCGGCUGGGUGUUUGGGAGGUUCAUGUGCUACCUGGUUUACCUCAUCCAGCCAGUAACGGUCUAUGUGUCUGUUUUUACUCUCACUGCUAUUGGUGUUGACAGGUACUAUGCCACAGUGCACCCUCUGAAGAAGCGGAUCUCAGUGCUGGCGUGUACCUACCUCUUAUCUGGGAUCUGGCUGCUCUCCUGUGGGCUUGUGGCCCCGGCUGUAGCCCACACGUACCAUGUGGAGUUCAAGAAUGAGGGCUUCACCAUCUGUGAGGAGUUCUGGAUGGGCAAAGAGAAAGAGAGGUUGGCCUACGCCUACAGCACACUCUUCAUGACCUACGUCCUGCCUCUCUCUGCCCUCUGCAUCUCUUACCUCUGUAUCUCUGUCAAGCUGCGUAAUUGUGUGGCGCCUGGCCACCGCACCAAGAGCCAGGCCGAGGCCCAGCGAACCCGCAAGCGUAAGACCUUCCGUCUGGUCACCUUGGUGGUGGCGGCUUUCGGCGUGUGUUGGAUGCCCAUCAGUGUAUUCAACGUGCUGCGGGACAUUGACAUUGACCUGAUUGACAAGCGCUUCUUCCUGCUCAUCCAACUGCUGUGCCACCUGUGUGCUAUGAGCUCCUCCUGCUGUAACCCUUUCCUGUACGCCUGGCUACAUGACCGCUUUCGCGCCGAACUGCGCAAGAUGUUCACCUGCCACCACCGCAUCGGCAUCCCUGCCAACAACUGUGCCACAAACAGCGUGGUGCUGUGAACCACUUCAUCCCACGCUGGAUGUGUUCAGAGAAUGUCCUGAGGUAUUUGGUCCUGGAACUAGCUGGACGAUUUUCUGUCAGGUUUUUGCAUAAGAUAAGAAUAUCAAAUGAAUACAUUAAUUUACAAUUAAGCUUAAAAUAUUUUGUGAAUAAUAGAUUGUUGUGCAUAUUAUGUACAUUUCUACAUGAAGUGGUUUUUCAUUGCAAUAAACUGUGCCACAAACAAGACUGCUGCAAAAAUGCGUACUGCAUUAGAAGUUUUCAGACAUGUUGAAAUAUCAGAAGUUGGUUGAGCAAGAUAUGGACAUCUUCUGUAUAUGCUGUUUAAAUAAGAAUGUUCUUUAUUGUUCAGGUUAUUCCCAUGAUACAAACACAGUGAUGGUUUAAUAAUA